AUGGUUCCAGUCUCAGUUAUAUUCUUUGCCCUGGGCGCGAUAGCCACUCGAGCAUCAACAGCCAUUAGAUGCUCGCCGUCCAGUAUUCCCAAACCAGACCUAGUUGGAGCCUCUAUCCUUGGUAUUCAAGCUGAGGAAGUCCACAACUAUUCAGCUGUCAGUCUUGCCCCAGGCUCCAAUGAUGGAAAGAAGUACACCAUCGACUUCUGCAACGUCACAGUCACAUAUACUCAUCCUGGUUGGAAUGACACAAUCAACACUCAGGUCUGGCUACCGCUUGAGGGUUGGAAUGGCAAGUUCCAAGCUUUAGGUGGUGGAGGCUACAGUGUUGGGUUUGGCCCGAUUUACCUCACAUACGCCGUCGGUCAAGGGUUCGCAUCUGCCACCACCGAUGGAGGUCAUACUGUGGGAGGCGAGGCUGUUCCAACUGAUCUAACUUGGUCUCUGAAAAGCAGAAACAAUGUCGACUGGUUCCUGUUCGAAGACUACGCAUCCAAGGCCACAAAUGACCUAGGAGUGAUUGGAAAGCAGAUCACCAAGUCAUAUUACCGCAAAGCUCCGAAAUAUUCCUAUUUCUCUGGAUGCUCUGGUGGUGGAAGACAAGGUCUCAUGAUGGCGCAGGAAUAUCCGGAUGUCUUCGACGGCAUUUUGUCUGUCGCUCCCGCCAUCAACUUGGAAGCCUUCAUUCCCGCAGGCUACUGGGCCGCGCAUAUCAUGAACAACAACCAUAUCUACCCGUCCCCUUGUGAGGUUCAGGCUUUUACUAAAGCAGCAGUCAAAGCUUGUGAUCAAUUGGAUGGAGUGGAAGAUGGCAUCAUCAGCUCGCCAAGUCUUUGCAAUGCCAAGGCAUCCGACUUCAUCGGACAGAAAUACAAAUGCAACGGAGUACAUCGUACUCUAAGCGCCUCAAGUGCGAAGGUCAUUCAAGCAGCCUGGUCUGGCUCUGGAAAGGCCGGUUGGUCUGGUGUGAACAAGGACGCAGCAAUCGAAAGUUACUACAUCCCAACUACCUGUACCAACAAUGGUACAUGCGCCACCGGCGAUAGUUCUUUGUUUGGUAAUUGGAUCCAAUAUGCUAUUGCCAAAGACCCUAGCUUCGCACUUCAGAACAUGACUGAUUCUAUGUUCUUCGAUAUGCUGCAUUCUUCAAUUCGCCAGUAUGGAGGAAUGGUUGGAAACAAUAACCCCGAUUUGUCCAAGUUCAAGGCAAAUGGUGGCAAGAUCAUUUCCUGGCAUGGUCUUGCCGAUGAAGCGAUCCCACCAAAUGGAACCAUCAGCUACUACGAGGAGGUGCUUAAAAUGGACCCCAAAGCCCAAGAUUUCUUCCGCUUCUUCGAAGCGCCUGGGGUUGGUCAUUGUUAUGGUGGACUCGGACCAAUUCCAAACGGAGCUAUGUCGCAGUUGAUGGAGUGGGUCGAACGCGACCAUGCCCCUAAGACUCUUCACGCUACCAAGGGAAGCAACAACACCGCUCGAGACUUGUGCCCAUAUCCACUCCGACAGAAGUUCGUGGGAGGCGAUUCCAGGAAUGCAACAUCUUUCACCUGCGCUAAAUAG